AUGGCGCCCAGUAAAACAGACAUUGACAGCGUGGGUACGGUGUUGCUGGAUACCGGUCGGCCCCUGCCGGCGCGGUUCCGGGCAUUGUUCACGCUUCGUAAUAUAGGUGGACCGAGCGCCGUGAUUUGGAUCGGUCGUGGGUUCAGUGAUGAAUCGGCCUUACUGAAGCAUGAACUGGCUUACUGCUUGGGACAGAUGAGGGACAGGAGUGCACUUCCCAUACUGAGCGCUGUGCUGAAAGAUCGCAGCCAGGAGCCCAUGGUCCGCCAUGAGGCAGGAGAAGCUUUAGGUGCUAUUGGAGACCCUGAAAUGCUUGAACUUCUAAAAGAAUAUAGCAAUGACCCUGUUAUUGAGGUAGCAGAAACAUGUCAACUUGCCAUGCACCGGAUAGAGUGGCUUCAAGAACAUCCUGAUGCCCCUGACAAUAAUCCUUACUCCUCCAUAGACCCUGCGCCACCCUCUACAGAAAGAGACAUUGCUUCUCUGCGUGAUAACCUUUUAAAUGAUAACUUGCCACUAUUUGAACGUUAUCGUGCAAUGUUUGCACUUCGCAAUAUUGGCGGGCAGGAGGCAGUCUUGGCUUUAACAGAUGGUUUAAAAUGCGGAGGCUCUCUGUUCCGCCAUGAAAUUGGAUAUGUAUUGGGUCAAAUGCAGCAUGAGGCAGCGGUCCCAGGGCUUGCGGCAGCAUUGGACCUGAUGGAAGAGAACCCUAUGGUGCGCCAUGAGUGUGCUGAAGCGUUGGGCUCUAUUGCACGAGAAGACUGUUUAGAAGCACUUCGGGAUCAUAUAAAUGAUGGGGAACAAGUGGUGAGAGAGAGCUGUGAGGUGGCUUUGGAUAUGUACAACUACGAGAACAGCGGAGACUUUCAGUAUGCAUACAGUUUAAACCAAAUGCAGGAGCUGGCUUAAGUCA